AAAAAGCCACCGCCUUAAAUGAAUCGUGUUAAAUACGAAAAGCCAUUCCGCUUCUCAUUUAAAUAAAAAUAAUAAAAAUUCCUCUUCGCCUUUCAUUCUGGAUCUUCGCCGUCGCGAAGGGGUCCAGGGUGCUUUAGGAUUUCGGGUGAAUUAAAUCCAAGAUCGGAUAAUCUACAUAUUUUCAUAAUUUUGUUGUUUGUUGGCGCCUAAAAGAUGUCGAGCAAGAAAGAAGAAAAGACUCAGGCUGCAGCUGAAAGAAUCAAAGCUGCAGCAUUGAGUGCUGCCAAGGGCCUCAGUCGUGCUCAGGCUGAAAGGGCAGCUGCUGCUGCAGCCCGAAAUGUUAAUGCUUAUGGGCAAAAGGAAGAAGGACCUAGCAGAUGGCAGGAGAAACGGGAAGCAAAGAGGCAGAUGUACUUGAUGAGUACUGAAAAGGCGGUGAAAUUAGGUGAAAGGAAAGACAAGACUUCAAUGUCUACAAUGGGUGCAUCACAGUGCCAAAAGUGUUUUCAAACAGGGCAUUGGACAUACGAAUGCAAGAAUGAACGGGUCUACAUGUCACGACCCUCACGUACCCAGCAGCUUAAGAACCCCAAAUUGAGGAUGAAGCUUUCAAUCUCUUAUGAUUUGGACAACCCAGAUGUCAAGGAUGAGGAGGACAAUAGGUCCAACAAAAGCAAAAGGAAGCAUCGGUCAGAUUCUGAUUCAGGUAGUGAUAGCGAGGCUUCAGUUUUUGAGACUGAUAGUGGUGCCUCAUCUGUUACGGGAUCAGAUUCUUCUUCAGCAGAGAGUAGUACAGAUUACAGUUCAUCAUCUGACUCUGAGGAAGAGAGGAGGAGGCGGAGGAGGAAGAAGAAGCAGAGGAAGGGGAGGCGUAGAAGGUACAGCUCGUCUUCCGAGUCUUCUGAUUCAGACUCUGCUUCAGAUUCUGAUUCUGACGAUAAGAGCAGCCGAAGGAAGAGCCGGAGGCAUAGCAGAAGACGCUGAAGCAGAGAGGGCAGUACGCAUAUUGCCUAUUUGAUGCUGGACUUGCCUGUUUUUAAGUCCACAGAUUCUACCAUCUCCUUGUACUUCUUUGUUAGGGCAUUCCGGUUGUAACUAUGGAGCUUAUGGUCUUACACAUGCUGGAGAUCAAGGCCUCUGAAAUAAGUUUGCUAGGUGUUUAGUUUUGAGAUCUUUACCAGACUUGUUUGUUGAUUCCUUUUUGUGAAAUGAUUGUAGCUUGAAAAUCCUCUUGUAAGUUAUUGACUAUCUUGACUUUUUCCUUUGUGCCACUAGAUAUUUAAUAUUUUGUUGCCUGACUGCAGCAUAUCUGUCAAA